AUUAUAAUGAUUAUAUCACUCAAAUAAAAAACAAGGAGAACAAUAUGUGCCCAGUGGCAUUAAUUUUUAUGGACCAUAUCUACCAUCACUAACCUUAGCAUUAGCAAUAACCUUAUUGCCAAUUCACUCACUCCAUUUUCUUUACUUUUCCUCAGUGCCCAGAUUCUCCAUAACCCACUAUGCUUUUCAUGGUCUCUCUUUGCUUUUACUUUUGGCUCCCUCCUUCUGUACAAGUACUGGUCACUGGUUAAAGUUUGUCUUUUUGGUGUACUAUGCAUAGGUGCCACCUCCCUUUUUGUGAAUCUAUCAGGCAUGCUCCUUAUCCAACCAUGAAUAAAGUUUGGCCCUUGGUUUUCAUGGUUCUUUCCAUUGGAUGCUUUUCGAAUGGGAGUGGAAGGCAAAAUUCCACAGUACCAGAUUUUGUAAAUAUUGGGGCACUCUUCUCUUACAAUACCAGUGUUGGUAGAACUAUAAAAAUUGCAUUAGAAGCUGCGUUUGAAGAUAUAAAUUCUGAUCCAACUAUUCUUGGUAGAACCAAGCUAAACCUCUCUAUGCAAGAAGAUUCUAAGUACAGAGGUUUCCUGAGCAUUGCCGAGGUUUUGCAGGUCAUGGCAAGACAGACGGUGGCGAUAAUAGGCCCACAUAGUUCUGUAACAGCUCAUGUCAUAACUCAUAUUGCAAAUGAGCUUCAAGUUCCUCUUCUGUCAUUUACAGCUUUUGACCCUACUCUUUCUUCGCUUCAAUUCCCAUUCUUUAUUAGAACUUGCCAUAGUGAUCUUUAUCAAAUGACUGCAAUAGCAGACCUUGUUGACUACUAUGGCUGGAAAGAUGUUAUCGCAGUCUUUCCUGAUGAUGAUAAUGGUAGAAAUGGAAUUAGCACAUUAGGAGAUAAGCUUGCAGAGAGGCGUUGCAAGAUAUCAUAUAAAGCAGCUUUGAGUCCCCAAGCAUCUAUGGAAGAGAUUAGUAAUGUGCUUGUGCAGGUGGCUCUGGCAGAAUCACGGAUAAUAGUUGUUCAUGGCAAUACUCAACUUGGCCCUCAGGUGUUCACAGUUGCAAAGAAUCUUGGGAUGAUGGGAACUGGUUAUGUCUGGAUAGCCACUGCUUUUCUCUCUGCUCUGCUUGAUAUCAACUAUCCCCUCUCUCCCGAUUCAAUGGAUGAAAUUCAAGGAGUUCUUACACCACGUAUCUACACGCCAAAUUCAGAGCGCAGAAGAAGUUUUGUUUCUAGGUGGAAAAACUUGACCAGUGGAAAUACUGCCAAUGUCAAACUUGGAUUGAGUUUUCUACCUCUCUAUGCAUAUGACACUGUUUAUGCACUUGCUCAUGCUCUUGAUGCAUUUUUCAAAGAAGGUAACCGGAUUACAUUCUCAACUGAUUCAAAGCUGUCUAACAUACAUGGAAACAACUUGAAUCUUGAGGCCUUGAAAAUCUUUAAUGAAGGAAAUCUGUUACGUAGAAAGAUCUAUGAGGUAAACAUGACUGGUGUGUCAGGUCCAUUCAAGUAUGCAUCCGAUAGAAACCUUGCUAAUCCUGCAUAUGAAAUCAUUAAUGUGAUUGGAACAGGAACUCGAAGGAUUGGUUAUUGGUCUAAUCACUCUGGUUUAUCAGUUGUUCCUCCAGAAACUCUUUAUUCGAAACCAGCCAAUCUGCCCAGGAAAAAUCAAAAGCUGUUUCCUGUGAUUUGGCCUGGAAACACAGAUGAAAGACCUCGUGGUUGGGUUUUUCCAAACAAUGGAAGGCUCUUAAAGAUUGGAGUACCAAGAGGUGUUAGUUACCAGGAGUUUGUCUCACAGAUAAAAGGCACUGACAUGUUUGAGGGAUUCUGCAUUGAUGUAUUUCUUGCUGCAGUGAAUCUGUUGCCUUAUGCUGUCCCCUACAGGUUCAUCUCAUACGGGGAUGGUAAGAACAAUCCUAGUAUGACUGAGCUUGUCCGUCUGAUCACAACGGGUGAAUUUGAUGGUGCAGUAGGUGACAUUGCAAUUACUACAGAAAGAACAAGGAUGGUGGAUUUUACUCAGCCAUAUAUUGAGUCUGGUCUUGUGGUAGUAGCACCCAUUGGGCAGGCAGAAUCCAAUGCUUUGGCCUUUUUGGCCCCUUUUACACCAAAGAUGUGGUUUGUGACAGCUGCCUUUUUCAUAUUAGUGGGAGCUGUUGUUUGGAUUUUGGAGCAUAGGGUGAAUGAUGAAUUUAGAGGACCACCCAAAAAGCAAGUAGUCACCGUUUUAUGGUUUAGUUUUUCAACAAUGUUCUUUUCCCACAGGGAAAAUACAGUGAGCACACUUGGUCGUGUAGUGUUGAUUAUAUGGUUAUUUGUAGUUCUUAUAAUUAACUCAAGUUAUACGGCAAGUCUGACCUCAAUCCUCACAGUGCAACAACUUUAUUCUCCCAUUAAAGGCAUUGAAAGUCUAGUAAACAGCAAAGUGCCUAUCGGCUACACGCAGGGUUCUUUUGCAAAAAACUACUUAGUUCAGGAAAUUCAUAUUGAGGAGUCUAGGCUAGUUCCUCUGACAACACCAGAAGAAAUUGCUAAAGCACUGAAAAAUGGUCCCGAAAAUGGGGGUGUUGCUGCUUACAUUGACGAGCGUGCCUACACUGACAUCUUCCUCUCCAGCCGUUGUGAUUUAACUGUCGUAGGUCAGGAGUUCACCAGAAAUGGUUGGGGAUUUGCGUUUCCACGGGACUCGCCAUUAGCAGUUGAUUUGUCAACUGCCAUAUUGCAGAUGAUAGAUAAUGGAGAUUUGCAAAGGAUCCAUGACAAGUGGCUUUUGAGUAGUGCUUGCUUAUCACAAGGGGCAAAGCUUGAAGUGGAAAGACUCCAACUUAGAAGCUUUUGGGGGCUCUAUGCGAUCUGUGGAGUUGCGUGCUUGCUUGCACUCUUCAUGUAUCUUAUACAGAUUUUGAGGCAAUACCAGAAGCACCACUCAGAGGAACCCGAGUCCAUUGACGGCCAAAGCUUAGGAUCAUCAUCAAGAUCUUCACGUCUCAAGACUUUCCUUUCAUUUGCAGAUGAGAAAGAAGAGACUGUGAAGAGCCGCUCCAAGAGAAGAAAAAUGGAGAGGAUCUCAUACCGAAGCACUGAAGGAAGCACAUCCAUCAGCUCCAAUAAGGAAAUUGCUUCACGCAGAAGUGAAUAUGCUAGUGAACUAUUAUGACCAACAUGUCUCUACAUCGAUCACCAACACUAUUCAUUCCUACUGCAACUAGGACUACUAAUACAUAGUUUUUUCCUAAGUAAAUAUAUGUAGGAUAAAUUAAAACUUUGGGUAGCUAUAUGUAACACUUCUUCUUUUAACCUGGUUUUCAUUCUUUAUAUAUGCAAAAAAAAAAGGGUUUUCAGUU